AUGGCAUGGCUUCAUCAGAACUGUCAUACCGUCAAAAUAAUCCAUCUUGACAUUAGCUCAAAAUGCAUAUUACUUGAUCAGAACUUCCAGCCCAAGUUAUCAAAUUUUGGAGAGGCAAUGCUCAUGAGUUCGACCUGCGCUUCCUCCGUAAAUAGUGAGUUUUGGGAGAUGGCAUUUGUGAAGGAAGAUGUGCAUGGAUUUGGAGUUGUGCUUCUUGAGAUGAUUACUGGGGUGGAUCCUAGCAACAUGACUGGUCCCUCAAACAAUGUUCUUAAUGAAUGGAUUGGUCAUCUUUUGAGCAGUUCGGAUUUUCAUGGCGCGAUAGACAAGUCUCUGAUCGGGCAAGGAUUUGACGCUGAGAUCGUUCAGCUGCUUAAAGUUGCAUGUACCUGUGUUGAUCCCAUUCCAGAUCGAAGACCGAUAAUGCUUCAAGUGUACGAAGACAUAAAAGCAAUAAGGGAGAGAUGUGACCUAGUAGAUGAUUCAUCGAUGCUAAUGCAACCUGAGAUUUGCCCUGCUAGCUACUUCAGAAAAAUCUGUGGAGAUUGA